AUGAGCAGCAACACCGUGCAGGUGCAGAAGGAGACGAUCUUGCGCCUCAGCUACUACGAGAUCUUCUCCCUCGACCCCUCCGUGCGCGAUGUCGACUUCAACGCCGUUCACCGCGCGUACCGUCGCUUUGCCCUCUUGUUUCAUCCCGACAAGGAUUCUUCACCGGCCGCCCGGCUGGCGUUUGAGCGGGUGAAACUCGCCGCGGAGACGCUUACGGACCCGCUGAAGCGGCGCGAGUACGACGAGGCGAUGCUGCAGGAGUCUCAUCGCCAGGCGGGCAACGGCGCCUCAUCCGCGUGGCAGCAGCAGCAGCGGGAGGAAAUGGAGGAAGAGGCCCGCGUGGCCGACAUGAUCCUCCGGCAGAAGGAGGCAGCCACUGCGGCGAGGGCGGCGGCGACGCGUGAGGAGGAGAGGGAGAAGGAGGCGGCGGCGAAGCAGAUGCUGCAUGAGCUGACAAAUGCCCUGACAACGCCGUUUAAGCGGAUGGAGGCGGAGCUGGUGCACGAGUGGGACAUCGACGAGGAUCUUCUGCGUAUGAAGGAGAAGGAGGUGGAGGUGCUCCUGCAGAAGCUGCGCGGGUACAAUGAAGGCCGUGGCCGGCAGGAGCGGCCAACGACCGCACACGUCACCGCUGGCAAGCGCGGAAGAUGCGAAUAA